CAAAUGUUCGAGGAAGACAUCGAGGAAGAACGCCAACGUCAGCGCAGAGUCGAGCGUCUUCAGAGAAUCUUUGCAGCUGAUGACGAAGACGACGAUCAAGUUAGAAAACGCGGAAAAGGCGACAACCCUGUUUACCCGGAAUACAAGUUCCGUCUCUUCGUUGCGAUGCGCAACGUGUGAUGAACCAAUAACAGCAAAAGUUCAACAUGGGUUGUGCCGUUCGUGCUAUAAAAAGGAUUACCAGAUCAAUUAUCGCCAAUCAAAAAGAAACGCGACAGAAAUUGACGAUACACCAGAGGACACCGCAGUACUCCCAAAUCAUAAGCGCGCAACCUAUGAUCUCUUGAACGACAAUAUAAUCCAGCUGCUAAAUGGCGACUGGCGUUUCCAACCGUGUCUUCGCUUUGCGGCUUUAUGGUUGCUUGCGGGUUGCUUGUUGGUGGAUGACCCUCAACUGCUUUAUGUCAACUGCGUGGAACCAUAUAAUCGGUUGCCAACUUUAGACGCACACUUUGAACACUUCUCUGUGGUGCAUCUUCCUCCCUCCCGCUUCAGAGUGCUUUCAGUGCCACAGGUUGGGUUGAUGCUUUUCUAACCCGCGGGUUAGCCCGUCUAACCCUUGACCCGACCCGUUGACCCGUUAUGACCCGUUGUGACCCGUGUAUACAUAUAAAAUGUUUGAGGUACU